AUGGGGGUGCCCGGCGCCGCCCGAGGUCUGGUCCUGGUCCUCGUCCUGGUCGCGCUGGGAGGGGCGGAUGUCCUGCUUCUCACUAUUCCCUUUCUCUCCUCUCCAGAGGCACCAAAGGUGGAGGUGUACUCACGUGAUCUUGUCACUAUGGGAAAGGAAAACACCCUCAACUGCUUUGUGAGUGGUUUCCAUCCUCCAAAGAUUGAAAUCUCUCUCCUCAAGAAUGGGGAGCCCAUGAACAAUGUGAAGUACACAGACUUGUCCUUCGAUGACAAGUGGUACUUCCAGCGCCUGGCAUACGCACCCUUCACCCCCCAGAAGGGCGACGUCUACAUUUGCAGAGUGGCCCAUUCUGCCUUCAAGGAGCCGCAGUCUUUCCAGUGGG